CUUCUGUCAUCUGUCAGAAAAUGGGCAGCAACGAUUUGAUUUAAUUUCUGAAAUUUCAAUUAGUUUCCUAUAUUUCAGUAUUAAUUAUUUAAUCAGCAAUGAUGCAAUGAAAUCGACCGAAUAUAAUCGAUCAAAACGCGUUACAGCCAUGCAUCUCAAAUCCGCAUUUCCGUUUUUUUUCAAAGCUCAAUAAGGUAAAAAAAUCUUCAGUUUGUGCUGUCGGUCCAAGAUUUGAUUGUUUUCUUGUUUUUAACAUGGGUUUAAGUUCGCAAAUCAUUUCAGCACGCUUCACGAACUACCACCUAGAUUUCAACGGUGACAUAGAUGUCGCGCGUAGCGGGGGUUCAUCCAGGAUCCUGUGGCCGCUGAACGGUGGACUGGAGCCUUUCUGGGGCCUUCGAGACCGUUCCCCGGUGUGGUAGAUUCGCGUAGGAUGAGCGAGAGCCCUCGUUAGCUGUUUGGAAUUCUGAUCGAGAUCGAGAAGAUGGUGUCCAACGGUAUCUACGCCCCUGACCUCUCCUAUCCGAAGAAGGAAGAGAAGCAGCAAUGUCUUAUCUACAGGAUGUUCGGGCAAGUGCCUGCGCGUUUGGUCCUGUACAUGCUCUCAUGGUCCGGAUUCUUGGUGUCCUUCAUGAUGAGGACCGACAUCAACCUCACCAUAGUUGCCAUGGUGGCCGAUCCACCCAAGACUUCGAUGAACAUCUCCCACGAAUAUUGCUAUACAACCGACAAUGAAACCUCAAUAAAUGCCCUCUACGGCGGCACCCUGCAAUGGUCGGAGAGGGUGCAGAGCUACGUGCUGGCAUCCUUCUAUUGGGCCUACAUCAUAUCGCAGAUCGUCGGAGGUGUGGCCACCCAAUGGCUGGGUUCCAAGAGGGUCUUCGGUUACUCCCAGUUGGUGACGGCGCUGUGCAGUCUCAACCUACCCUGGGCCAGCAACACCCACUACGGCCUGGCCAUCGCCCUCAGGUUCAUCCAGGGUUUCGCAUCGGGUUUGACGUGGCCUGCCAUGUACGCCUUGGUGGGGCCCUGGAUUCCCAUACCGGAAAGGAGCAGGUUCAUGUCGAGUUUCCAAGGUUUCAGCAUAGGAAUAGGCAUAACCUAUUCGAUGGCCGGUUAUCUGAUAGCCAACUUCGGUUGGCCGUCCGUGUUCUACACCACUGGCAGCCUGGGCGUCAGCUGGUGCCUGUUGUGGUACCUGUUGGCGUUCGAUAGCCCUGAGACCCAUCCCAGGAUAAGCCUGAGCGAGCAGAAGUACAUCAAGGAGAACACUGCCAACGCCAAGAUCAUCACCAAGGAUCACAAGACGCCCUGGUGGGAGAUUGUCAAGUCCCCGCACACGUGGGCCAUAGGGAUCACGACCUUCGGUAGGAUAUGGGUGCAUUACACUUUUAUGAUACCCGGGCCUAGGUACAUGAAGAGCAUACUGGGCUUCAGCGUGGAGAAGAACGGACUGCUAUCCGGUCUACCAUUUGUCUGCAGCUACGUAGCCUCAGUGUUCUUCUGCUACCUGGCCGAUAAGCUCGCCACCAAAAACAUCAUGUCCCUGCUCGCCGUGAGAAAGCUCAUGACUGCUAUAGCUCAAGUACUCCCAGGCAUCCUGGUACUCUUCAUCGGCAACGUCGGCUGCAACAUCGAGCUGGUACUGGUCAUGUGGUUCGUGGCGGUGACCGUGGUACCGGCCGCCUACGCAGGCGCGAUGGCGAACGUGGUCGACAUCGCUCCCAACUUCGCCGGUCCGGUCCUGGCCUUCGCCCAGACCAUCCACAUGUCCGCCAGCUUCCUGAGCCCCCUGGCCGCCUUCCACAUACUGGACGGCAGGGACCUGCUCAUGUCCUCGUGGCGCAUGGUCUUCUACCUGACCUCCUUCGUGUCCAUAUCCACCUACUUCGUGUACCAGAUCUGGGGCACCACCGAGAUCCAGCCCUGGAAUUACGUGCCGGACCUGCCUAAACAAGAGGAGCAGGAGGAACUGAUGGAGGGGAAGCGUUCCGAGCUAGACCCCGAGGUGGGCAUCGUCAAAAACGGCACCGUGGACGUCGAGAGGGCCGUAGUCACAUAAACCCCCCCACAGAGGGUUUAAUAAAUACAUUCCCACACCCCAUUAUAUAUCGUGAGUCCUUUUCGUUGUAGGCGAAAGGGGAACCCCCGAAGGGGCCCCACAGUAUUUUUAGAUCGUUUAAAAUAGCCCCCCACUCGAACCAACUGUCGUCUCUACUCAGAUUCAAGCGCCACCUGGCGGAACUAGGGCGAACGUCGAUUUUAGGGCGUUGGAAGAGAGAACCCACAAAAUUCAACAAUUUGAUUAUUUUUUUGAACAGUUAAAAGUUUUUCCAGAGGUGUAAAUAGCUCUCUUGUAGUUUUUUUCCAACCCCCUAUCGUCGACCUUUUGCUUUUUCCCCAGUGGCGCGUUUUGUGAUACUUAAGUAGGUAGUUUCAGAACACUAGCUUUAGGGAAUUUUAUAUUUUUUCACCCAAAGUUUCAGAAACUAGUUAAAGUUCCAGGUGUAUGUAUUUAAAACAAUUCUUUAGCCGUUCCAUGCCAAGAACCUUUGUGAUUUUUUUUUAUUUGUAUGUAAAUAUCGAUGAUUUCAGAGGCACUCUGCUUUCGAUGUUGGAGGUACUUAGAUUGUAUUAACGAAAGGAUUUUUAAAGGGGUGGUAUAAUAGAGGUUCAAAUGAACCCUUCGACGUCUGUGGUGAAUAUGCUUGAAAGCCUAAAUUUUUCCAUUUCGAAGGAGUUUCCGGGAAAUAAAUUACUUUGUUCUCCUGGACUUCGUGUUCUUGUUUUAAUUGUGUGUUCAAUUGUUGAUAUAUCUUAAUCGGAAACUAAAACAACAAAUUUAUCUGUUUAAGCGAAAGUUGAUCAUUUUAUUGUUACGUCUCUUGGUCAAGUCGAAUUGGAGUGGCCUGAGAAAUGUGUUCUUUUCGUUCUGUAAAUUUUAAACUGUUACCGUUGAAUCUCUCACUUCAAAUUCUCCUUCUAGAUACGAUUAACCUGUAAAGUGAUCCUUAGAGUUCGUUUAGUCUAGCCCCCGAGCACAAAUCACUAUUUAUGUACCAGCCUUACAUACUUGAUGUGGUUUCGAUGAAUCAUUAAAAGAAAAAAAAAAUGUUAUCGCAUACAAAUUUCUCAAGUGCCAAUAUAUCAAGAAUGGUACGGAGGAAUCCUUGUUAAUUCUAUUUAAAACUAGGGGAGUACUUACCUGAUAAUAACGAGGAACUUAUUUAGUAAUUCUUUGGAAAAUUAUUUAGGUUUAAGAGACACGCUGUAUUUUAAAAUUCGUUCGAAUUGUAAGGAUGGAGUUCACAAAACUGAAAAUGUUAAACGCUUCAGCUUUGGACUUUUUCGUAACGAAGGUGUAUGUAUAGAGGAAAAAGGAGAGUUAUCUCGAAUGUUUUUUUUUAAAUCAAAUGUGAUUUUUGCAGUUUUGUCGGCUCUACAGUAUUCAAGGUAACGAAAGUACUUCUAAAAGCAUUUACAAUCAAUUUUGCGUUUCAAUGUUACGAUGUGGUUAUAAAAGUAGUGUAUAGUAUAAAUUGAAAGAUUCUCACACGGUUAAUGUUCAUGAAAUAGAGAUUAGCACAUUUUUCUAUGAAAAUGUGUAGUUAGACCAGUGAAAUAAUGUAGAAAAAAUAUAUUUUUAUCAUAUGCA